UUUUGUCAUGAUCUGUAGUAAACAACUGCAAACAGCUGUAGAGAUUAAGGUUAACAAGGAAAAUAUAUUUGCUUGUAUAACAAAUAUUUUAGAAUAUUUUGCAAAUGUGCUGAUAAUGUAACGCACACAAAAACGAUAAGGAAAACAUUUGAAGAAUGCGUUAAAAUAAUAUAUACACAAACGUAAUGACAAAAAUUAGUUUUUGUCAAAGUUAAAUAGAACUGGCAAUCAGUAGUAGUUAUUGCAAUAUAUUAUCGAAUAAAUAAUAGACAUGCAGUCGUGAAAUCAAGCUUUACCUAUCAAAAUGCAAAUGUUCUUCUGGUGGAGUUCCAAAUAUCCACAUUUUCUUUUUUACUGUUACAAUAUUGAUUCAGAAGUGGAAUUUGUAUUUACUUGCUUGCUGUUAUUCGUUUUAGCAGUAGCCAUUGAAGGAUUAAAAGUUCUUCAAGCCAAGCAACGUCAAAGAGAUUUAUAUUUGAGGUCAAAGCAACUACAAACUAUAUGUCUAGGACAAGAUCUUUCUCUUUUGCCCAAUGGAAGGUCUCCAACGGUAACAUGGAGGCAAAGACUUUUUCUUUUUAUUUGGGAGUUGUUUGCUUGGGUAAACCUUCAAAUUUUGAGUUUGCUUUUGAUGUUGAGUGUCAUGGGUUUUAAUGGAUGGAUGUUCCUUUCAAUAGCAAUGGGAAGUGGUUUAGGAUACUUUCUCUUUGGCACGCAGUUGAUGAAAAUCAACUUGCAGAAUUGCGACAUUGUUCGUGGAACAUUCUGUGUAUUAGCGCCGUCAAACGGGGAGUCCACUCCGAUUUUACGAGCUACCCCUACGGUGUCGUCCACUAGCAUUAGGGAAACUUCACAAUCACACCUUUGCCAUGGAAAUUUUAUUGGCGCUUAAAAUUUUUAAAGAUAUGUUUUAAAUUGUUAUUAAAAUAUUAUAAAUAAUAUUAUCAAUAUUUUAAUAACUUC